AUGACUUACCAGACCAUCAGUAUGGGCGAUAAUGCCUCCGAACAGCGCCACGGUCCAGUGGAAGGAUCGCCGUCAGACAGACCGAUUCUCGAUUCCAUCGAUUCCACGCCAAACCACGGAGCUCCCGCCACAUCCCCGCAGAGCUUCACAACGCGCUCACUUCUCGUUGGUCUCGCUAUAGGCGCUCUUAUCACCUUUUCAAAUACCUACUUCGGCUUGCAAACAGGAUGGAUCAGUACAAUGGCCAUGCCGUCGGCCUUGAUUGGCUUCUCGGUCUUCAAGGUUUUGUCGAAGCACCUGUCCUUCCCAUUCACGCCUGUUGAAAAUGUCUUGAUUCAGACUGUGGCUGGUGCAGUGGGAACCAUGCCACUUGGUUGUGGAUUUGUUGGUGUCAUACCUGCUCUCGAGUUCCUGUUGAAGCCUGGCGAAGACGGACCCGAAGGCGAUGGUGGAGAUGGAGAGGGCGGCCCUUUGAACCUAAGCUUCUGGAAGCUUGUCAUUUGGAGCCUUGGUGUUUGUCUUUUUGGUGUCGUCUUUGCCGUUCCCCUCCGGAAAGAGGUCAUUGUCCGCGAGAAACUGCGCUUUCCCAGUGGAACGGCUUCGGCAUUGAUGCUCAAGGUUCUGCAUGGUUCUGGAAGCAAUGAAAAAAAGCUGCAGCCCGAAAAUGAUCACCCUGGAGUCCUGAAUGAGAGGAUUGGGUCUAGUGCAUCAUCAGAAGAAAACACAGGUUUACUGAAGGACGUUGAUUCUGAGGAUCAAGCCUCGAAGGAACAAGACUGGCGCUCAAAGAUGCGCCUGUUAAUUGGCGCAUUUGCAGUUUCCGGUGUAUACACUUUGUUCUCCUACUUCGUCCCUUUAGUUCGUGAUAUCCCCCUGUUCGGUGUGAGUAUGGCACACAACUGGCUGUGGACUCUUAACCCUUCUCCCGCAUACAUCGGACAGGGAAUCAUUAUGGGACCAUCAACGUGUAUGCAUAUGCUUUUUGGUGCGGUGCUAGGGUGGGGCGUCCUAUCACCCUUGGCUAAAAGCCGUGGCUGGGCUCCCGGCCCGGUGGACAGCUGGGAAGAUGGCAGUAAAGCGUGGAUCGUCUGGAUCUCUUUGGCUAUAAUGCUUGCGGACUCUCUUGUAAGCCUCGGGUGGCUUGUAAUGAAGCCCAUUGUGAAUCGCUCGCCAAAGUGGAUAGCUUGGCUCAGAUCCACUCACGCUGGACAGUGGAUUGCACUUCGACUGAACUCCAGCCAACACUCUUAUAUCAAUUACUCCGCAUUAGACUCCGAGUCUCAUACUUUGUCUCAAGAGGACGACCACCCCGUCCAAGCCCAUACAUCCUCGAGCGAAGAUGAGUAUGACGCCCCGCCGUCUCAGCUCAUUUCGACCCGCACAGUGGUCAUCCUCCUCCCUCUGACUCUUUUGUUGAAUGUUGUCUGCAUGCACAUCGUUUUCGGUGACAUCAUUUCCCCCUUCCUCUCUACCUUGGCUACCCUCCUGGCUGUGGUUUUAUCCAUAAUGGGUGUUCGGGCUCUCGGCGAGACUGAUCUCAACCCAGUGUCGGGUAUCAGUAAGUUGACGCAGCUUUUAUUCUCCCUCGCUACACCGGCAUCGCACUUCUCCAGACGUACUGCCCUGGUCACGAAUCUCCUCGCCGGUGCAGUCUCGGAGUCAGGGGCAUUGCAAGCUGGUGACAUGAUGCAGGAUUUGAAAACCGGUCAUAUCCUUGGCGCGAGUCCAAAAGCACAGUUCUACGGGCAGAUGAUCGGAAGUCUCGUGGGUGCGGUUCUGUCCGCCGCUGUAUACAAAUUAUAUGUGAACGUUUAUGAAGUUCCCGGCGAUAUGUUCCAGACACCCACAGCUUAUGUUUGGAUCUUCACUGCUCGUCUCGUGACUGGCCAAGGCCUACCAGAUAUGGCUUGGCAAGCUUCCUUUAUUGCCGGCACUGUUUGGGUUCUGAUCACUGCAUUGAGAAUUGCGACCGCAUCUCCUACAUUCUCACACAACGGAGCACCCCCGGCUUGGAGAUCCUGGAUACCAGGUGGAAUCGCAGUGGCCGUUGGAAUCUUCAAUGUUCCUUCAUUCACCUUAGCAAGGGCAAUAGGUGGUGUUGUUGCGUGGUGGUGGUCGAGGAACCAUUCUCAACCAAAGUCUAAUCAGCAUAGUGUCCCCGUGAACGCCCACCGAGGAACUUCUUCGCAGAAUGGUUCAAACUCCGAGAUUACCCCUGCACAGGGCCAGUCACCAGACCAAGAAACUGAAAAGGCCGAUGCUGCCUCGUCCGCCGUCGUUGUGCUGGCAUCUGGUCUCAUUUUGGGCGAAGGCCUCAUGAGCAUUGUGAACCUUCUGCUCGCAAGUGGACGAGUUCCCCACCUCUGA